GUUGACCAAUGGAUGGAAUCAGACGAAAAGAACCAUUUGAUCGUUUUGAGGUUCACAAUGCCAAAAGUGAAAUUUUAAGGACAAUUUGGGCCAAUGACUCAGGAAUUAAUUUUCUCCAUGGAGGGUUAUCUUUUGUAAGCAGCCGUAGCAUUCCCAUGGCGCGAGGCAUCCUCAUGGCUUUACAUGGACACACUAAGACGACGUCGUCGUCUUGCUUUUCAUCACUUGUUCAACACCCACUCCAUUCUUCACAUCGCCUCCGGUUCUCUGCAACUCGCGUUCUCUGCAGUGGCUACCAACAACAGCAUGACCCAAUUGACAUGUCCAAAUACACAGAGACCUUUGCCAAGCGAAUGAAAAUGGCUGGCCUUAAACCUCAUCACCGCAUUGCUAUCGGUGUUUCUGGUGGCCCUGACAGCAUGGCCCUGUGUGUGUUAGCUGCACAUUGGAAAAGUGAAAAUCAUAAUCCUGCUACUACCACGGGAAGAAGCAAGUUCAUUGAUGGCAUUUUGGCAAUUGUUGUAGACCAUGGAUUGCGAAAAGAAAGUACAGAGGAAGCGAACCUUGUUUGUCGACGAAUUGUUGAUAUGGGAAUCAAAUGUGAAGUUGCCCGUUGCGAUUGGUUGGAUGGUAGGCCCAAACCUGGUCACUUGCAAGAGGCAGCUCGUGAUAAGAGGUAUGAAAUUUUCCAACAUAUUUGCUUCCAACAUCAGAUCGGAGUACUAUUGAUUGCUCAUCACGCAGAUGACCAGGCCGAGCUAUUCGUUCUCAGAUUAUCUCGCAAUAGCGGUAUGCUUGGGCUUGCUGGCAUGGCAUUUGCUUCUCAAAUUUUUGCAAAAUUUCCAGAUUGUAGUUGUGAAGCAUCAAAAGCUCAUGGCAUUGUAUUGGUUCGACCGCUCCUAGAGUUUUCAAAGGAAGAUAUGUACAAUAUAUGUCAAGGGGGCAAUCAAGAAUGGGUGGAGGAUCCAACAAAUCGAAGCCCAUUGUAUGUUCGCAAUAGGAUCAGAAUGUCAUUAAAUAGCUUGUCAACAUCUAUCUUCAAGACCGAGUUACAAGCAGUUAUAUCUGAAUGCCGGAGAACACGAUUGCUUGUUGACAAACUCUGUUGCAAGUUGAUAAAUGAGGCUGUGACCAUUGUGCCCCAUGGAUAUGCAGUGAUUGAUCUAGAAACCCUCAAUCCAAAAGAAGUCGAGGACAUCUGCCUCGUCAAAUUUAUAGCCUCGGUGUUGCAGUUCAUCUCACAAAAACAUAGACCUGUUCGAGGCAGUGCAUCAAAAUUACUAUUGGACUACAUUCGUAAUUCUCCAUGCAAGACUUGUCUUACUGUAGCUGGUUGUUACCUUUGUCCAGCUCCGGGGUCUAAAGGAACUAAAAUCAUAGUAUGCUGUUCUGUUAAUUCGGCAUUUCCUCCAAAACUGGAGUUAUUUGAAGACUUUAUGUAUGAAAGACAUGAAUGCUUUGUUUCGAGCGAGUUAGAGCAAAUUAUAGCUAGUGGGAUAGCGUACUCUGAUAAAUUUCUCCCAGAUGCUUCAAAUUUGCCAUUUAUGGACAUAACAUCCUCUGUAUCUGUUCUUACUGAAGCCAAAAGGUUGGACAUUCUUAGUGACUCUACACAUAGGAGUAUUGUUUCUUUGCAGAAAGAAGAAAGUGAAAAUUUUAAGUCUAAACCUGAAAUUAUCUCCGAGUGUGAGACGAAAGAUGAUGUACGACAUGCAGGUGCUCCUCCCAGCAAAUCAAUUUAUCCUGGACAGGUAGGAUACUUCAUGAACAGAUUUAUAUUGAACUGGAUGGGAUUCCGUAAAAUGUCUCCUAAUGUAUCAUCUAUGAACGAGUUUGUGGGGGACAAGGAUUUGGUUGUUGAAGGACAGUGUUGUUGUUCUUGCAUGAUUGAUCAUCAGAUGGGGGCUGAAGUGCGCCGCAUGAUUGAUGCUGAUUGGAUAUAUCUUUCUGACUUGUCCAAGUUGAGAAAUAUGGAAAAUUUUCAACAACAAAUUCACUCCAAGAAAACGAUCUCGUGUUCAGAGCAUGCCAAAUUAUCAGCGCAUAGAGCUCUUAUGUCCUUAAAGUCUAUCCCAGUUGCCGCAAGAAGAGCCAUGCCGGUCCUAGUCAAUCCUCAAGGAGUUCUACUAAGUAUUCCGGGCGUCGGCUUCACACAUUGCCCUUGCUUGAUGGUAUCUGCUGUAUUCAAGCCGAGUAUACCCCUUGGUGGAGGUCACAGCUCAUAUUUAUAGUCUGUAUUUCAUGAUUUCUGUUCCUAUCGACCAUCUUUGGCUGAGCUUAAAAGUUACUUUUUUCUAAAAGUACGUAGAUUGUCUUUAGACAUGUAAUUCCCAAGAACCUGUAACGUAAUGUCAGAAAAGAGUCAAUUUAUUUGGUUUUAGAAGUGGCUUUGUACAUUUUGAUGCUUUUUAAUGGUAAGGGUUGAUCAGAAAUUCUGUUUAAUGUAGAAUCCUACAUUGAUAAAUGUAAAAACAAUAAUUAUUCGUUUGGUCCCAUUAUUCCCCAUUAAGCUAUAAUUCAUUUUUCUGAGCUUAGAAGUUACUUUUUUUCUAGAAGUACGUAGAUUGUCUUUAGAUAUGUACCUCCCAAGAACUUGUAACCUAAUGUCAGAAAAGAGUCAAUUUAUUUGGUUUUGGAAGUGGCUUUGUACAUUCUGAUGCUUUUUCAAUGAUGCUUUUUAAUGGUAAGAGUUUAUCAGAAAUUCUGUUUAA